AUGGGAAAGAAACAGCAUCAGAAGGAUAAGCUAACCUCCAAUGGGACAAUUUCGAUUGGUACCCGGCUUCAGCGUGCUCAAUUCAAGCGUCUUCCUCUCACUCACUGCUCUCUUUCAUUGAUCCCAUUUGAAGAUCCUGUGUGUACACGAUCGGGAGAGAUUUUUGAUCUGACGCAUAUAAUUCCUUAUUUGAAAAAGAAUGGUGUUAAUCCUUGCACCGGCAUGAAAAUGAGCAGUAAAGAUCUCAUCCACUUGAAGUUUGAUAAGGAUGAGCAAGUUUCCCCCUGUACUAUCGCAUAUUCAAGCUUGUAUCAUCACAUAACAUAUUCAUCUUUCAAAUUUUCUGAUAUAAUCGUUCUUCAGGUAAUGCGGUUUUUCUCGAAGGUUCAGGACCCGCAUCAUCUCGAAAAAUUCAACCUGGAGAAAUUUUACCAUGUACAGUUUGAUCCUAAAACGAAGGAACAAAUUGAGAAGGAAAAGAAGGAAAUGCAGGACCCCAAAUUUUUCAUACGCCGCAUGAACAACGAGACUAAGGAGGCAUUGGAACAACUGAAAAAGGAUUAUAUCCCAAGAAAGGUUGAUGCUAUGUCUGAGGAAACGGCUGAUGAAAUAAACGCGGCACAUUACAGUCAGGGACAGGUUGCUGCUGGCUUCACGUCGACAACUAUGGCGCCAAUAACAAAACAAAAAGCUGCGGUGCUUACAGAUGAGGUUGUGAGGUAUUCUCGGGUAAAGAAAAACGGUUACGUACGCAUAGUCACAAAUCACGGAUCCUUGAAUCUUGAGCUAUUUUGCCCAAAAGCUCCGAGAACGUGCGAGAACUUUAUAACUCUCUGUUCAAGAGGAUACUACAACAACACGAAGUUUCACAGAAUAAUAAAGAAUUUUAUGAUGCAAGGCGGUGAUCCUACUGGUACCGGUCACGGCGGAGAGUCAAUGUGGGGGAAACCUAUUUCUUUUUUGCUAACUGCUUUCUUUCUUUUUCUUUCCAUGGCCAACAAAGGAACAAAUACAAACCAGUCACAGUUCUUCAUUACAUUUCGUCCAUGUAAAUAUUUGGACAAAAAGCACUCAGUAUUUGGUCGUGUAGUCGGAGGUCAAGAUACCCUAAAUUCUAUCGAGAAGGUUGAAACUGAAGGUGGUGAUACUCCAAAAGAGCCUGUAGUUUUCAUGCGUGCUGAGGUCUUUGUUGAUCCAUUUGAGGAAGCUGAAGCGGAAGUGCAGAAAGAGCGAGCAAAUUUACGCAGUAGAGACGCGGAAGCAGAAGCUGAUGCUAAAAAGGAGGCCAUAGCUAAGCCCAAAGCGUUCGCAUCCGGGGUUGGGAAGUACAUUAACCCUCAGAAUAAAAGGCCAGUGGAUAAAGAUGUGAGUUUUGACUGCGGUCAAUUUUGA